GAAUCCGGGCGGCUCAGGGGGGCGCCUGGGUUACCCCUGGACGGGGCAAAUCCCGGCAGCGCGUGGCUACGCGGUCUCCUAGCGACCCAGGCUGCCCGCUGGGAACACAAACCUCCGAAGCCCAGGCCAUCGACUGGGAGCCACGGCACCAUGGUGGACCACGAGUGGCUGUUCCCGCCGGGGGCGCUGGACUCGGCGUCCCUGGGCAUGAACUGCAGCCCCUGGUACAAGGAGAAUCUACCUUCCAAGUGUUUCAUAAAGCACAAGAACAGACUGAAGUUCCCCACCUCUCUGAACGGCCGGCGGUGGGUAUUUGUGAGGAGGGGGCUGGAUGACUUCAGGAAAGGCUGUCCCCCCUGCGAAGGUCUCAUCACUCAGGGCCCCAGGGAGAGCUUUCUCCCCUUGACUUAUCACAGAGCUCCCCCAAAGAAGAGGCAGAACAAACUGCCCAAGGAAGCAGCCCUGUUUUCUAAACUCUCACCAUCCCAGCGGGCACGGAGCACCUUCGUAGAGAACAUCGAGGCCUGCCUGGCCCGGCACCCCUUAGAGCUCUACCCAAACCUGGAGGAAGCUUUGCCUGUAGAGCUCUUAUUAAAGGUGCUGGAAGUGCUCGAUCCUGACAGGAAGCUGGAGGACACCUGGGCUUAUUGUCAGGAUGUCAUGAAAAGAACGAAGGAACCCAUGAAGCUUUUUAAAAAAAGUUCUACAGAAGUCUACCUGGGUCCUCCCAGGGAGGCUCCAGUGUCACAUCCAGGCCAAUGGCUUUAUAAAGAGAAGAAACCAAGCAAAACGGAUUUGCUCCAUGGUCCUCUUCUUCAUGAGAAUGUAUGCAAAGGAGUUAGUGACUUCUGCAACUGGGUUACUACUUUUGGAAUUUCAAACAUUGAUGAAGAGUUCAUCCUGAAACAGUUUGCCAUUGACUACGAAAGCAAACCAAGCUGCGAUGUGCUUCACACAAGACUGAACCAGGGGCUAAAUAAACUGCAGGAACUAGAAUUCUCCUUCCAGGAACUGACCUUCAAGAGGAAACUCCAGAAGCCACAGAAUCCUUAUAAACCGAAAUGGGUAAAGAUGAGAUAUGGAGCAUGGUAUCUGAAUACUAAGUUGUGGAAAAAGCAAAGAGCAGAUGAACCUUUGGUUGACCCCACUAUCUUACUUAAAGCUCAAAAUGAGAAUUUUAAAAAGGAGCUGCAGGAACAGAUUACCUCAAUUCUCAGAAUGGAUAUGACAUCGUGGAUUCUCGUUGGGUAGCUAAAUGUGAAACUUGUUUCCUAUUGGCAAUGAAUGAAUGUCAAGGAAAUAAAAAGAGCAAUUGUGAAACUUCUUUAUGCAAUUUAGCACUCAGAGUUGCAGGGGCUGUCUGAGAAGAGGUUAAGCAAUAUUUGAUACCUCAAAACAACAAACACGCACAAGGAUGAGCUUUAAUUUUACUACCAGUAAACACUGGCCUGCCCGUCUCUUCUGUGCAAGUACCUAAUGGAAAGAAGAUUCUCAUCACUAUUCUGGAUAUUUGGAAAUAUUGAUGCAACACUUGCACAGGACUCUGAUGAGAAUAUUUGUGAACCUCUUUUCUUUUUCAUCAGACACAAAACUCCCAGAUAACAGAUGUGAACACACUUUGAAAAAGUAAAAUAGUAUAUAAAUGUGACAUCAUUUCAUGCAGUAAUUACUCUUCAAUUGCCUCUUUUAGAUUGGAAAGCUAGGACAGGAAGGAUGGUCAUUUUUAUCCUUUCUAGUACUGGCUAUGAAACUCUUAUUUUCAGAUGUGAGGUGUUACACAAAAUUACAGGUGCAACAUGUUUAUAUAAACCUCAAAAUAAAGUAAAUAAUGUUCAGCAGA